UAAAUGGUGCUACUCUGCACGGCCUGCCACUUAGUCGUUCGCAAAUUUCGAACAACUACAAACCUAAUCGCGGCACAAUGCCAAAAAUCGAUUCCAGAGCUGUUUGGACACUCUUGCUGGUGGCUGGAGGCCUGCAGGUGGCGGCGGCCCAAUUAGCAAAUGUCUGUCUUAACAUGGAGAAUGGAUCGCGCCUACCCCUGGCCACCCACUGUGCCCGGUUCGUGGUUUGCCAAAAUGGAGAUGUCUCCACCAUUGGAAGCUGUCCUCGCGGCCUCCACUUCAAUCGGGAGCUGGGCGAGUGCGAUUUCCAGUGGCGUGCCAAAUGCCUGGGCCUGGCAGCCUUUGCCAGCCCCGCUGACCAGUGCACCUGCGACUGUUGUGCCGAAGAAUGUAGCGAUGCCAUCGAUGCGGAUGAAGAUACCACUGCUGUAACGGAGGACUGCGAUCCGGCUACAACGUCAACCAAAGCUCCGGAGACAGAACCAACCGAUUCCACUGACACUGAUUCCACUGACACCACAGAUUCCACUACAGACUUUGACGAUACAACUAAUUCCUCGAACACGACACCAAGUCCUAAUCUGGUGGCGCCCGCCUACUGUGCCAGUUCAAAUCCUGUUUGUGCCAAUCAAGAGACCGGGUCUUACGUUGAUAUUCCUGGCAUUUGUGUCCGGUUUUACCAGUGCACCAAUGGGUGCGCCGUGGAACAAACGUGUCCUGGCAACACAUACUUCAAUCCCGAAACCAAAAAAUGCGACAAUUGGUGGAAUGUGGAUUGCAUUCCCACAGCCGAUGCAUCGGACGAGAUAGAAGGGCCCUCGGGAACUACCUGCUCCAAUCAAGGCGUGUGUGCCCGCCAGAAGGAUGGAGUGAUGUUGGCUGACCCUGAUUCGAACGGAUUUUUCGUGUGCCAGUGCCAGUGCCCUAUUGCCAUGACCUGCCCGGAUGAGUUAAAGUUCAACCAAACAGCUCAGGUAUGCGAUUGGCCAAAGGAUAAUGAUUCAGCUACGGAAGGUUCAAAAGUUCUCUGUCCCGGCAACCUCGUCUACAAUGCCACUUCGGAUCAGUGCGAUUAUCCCGCAAACUAUGUACCGGAAGUAUCCUGCAACACCACUGGCGUUACAAUCUGCCAAGAUCAGCCGGAGGGCACUCUCUUCCCCGUCGAUGGAAAAUGCAAUAUGUUCUACAAGUGCAAUUAUAACUGCGCCGUGGAGCAAUAUUGUCCCAACAAUCUGAUCUACGACUCUUCUCUUGGCAUCUGCGACUACCCGCAAAAUGUGGAAUGCAAGUGGGAGUACACUCCGCCCUCGGGUCCAACGGCAGGACCUUCGGGCACCGCCUGCGAAAGCAAUGGCCGCUGCUUGGGCAAGCCCGAGGGAAUCUUCUUGCCCUCCACCACGAGCUGCAAUGAAUAUGUCGUCUGUCAGUGCGAGUGCGAGGUGGAAAUGUCCUGUCCGGUAGGUCUUUACUGGGACCAAGAUCAGAGAACUUGCAACUACGAGAGCAAAGUCACCUGUGCUCUAUAAAUAAAGUAUAUCAUUAUCCAGGAAACUGGGAUAUGGCCUUAUCUCUUA